AUGCAUGUAAGCCGCGCAUUCGCUGCGAUGCACCGGCCCCCUGUCGAAAUAAUCAACGCGUGCAGGGGCGGUCGGGUGGGAUGCGGCGGUGACGCGAUGUCGGCGGCGCCGGCGGUCAAGCGCGAGCUGGAGCCGGAGGGGGGCGCCCCUCCCAGCCCGGGGCGCAAGCGGCGCAAGCAGGCGGCGCCGGCGCGCGCGCAGCCCCCCGCGCCGCCCCCCCUGCCCCUCGAUCUGCAGGCCAAGGUCGCCGACAUCUACAAGAGCGCGCUGGCCUUCGGCGAUCUCGCGCUGCCCCCAUUCGACCCGCUCGCCGCCUUCCGCCUCCUGCCGCGCCACGACCCCCCGCGCAUCUUCAACCCCGAGGCGUACUGCGACCUCUGCUGCAAGGAGUUCUGCAACAAGUACUUCCUGAAGACGCACCGCGCGAAUAAGCACGGCAUUUACGACGGCGACUCGCAGCCCGCGCCGCAACCCUCGCCGCCGCGGCGCGCCUCCGACGAGGAGUCCGGUGGCACGCCGCGCCGCCUCUCGCCGGACUCUGCGCGGCGCGCGCGCGACUCCGGCUUCCAGCCGGACGUGCUGCGCCGCUUGGGCGUUGUCAACCCAGAAGCGUUCUGCGAGAUCUGCUGUAAGGAGUAUUGCAACAAAUACUUUUUGCGCACGCACCGCGAGCGACGUCACGGCGUGCCCGCGCAACGAUCGCCCGCCGCGACACCUCCCGCCCUCGCCACGCCCCAGCCGUCCGCGCCCCUCACCCCCUCUGUGCACACGCCGCCCUCCCUGCCGCAGCCGCCCCACAUCUCGCCGUCGCCCUACGACGCCGACAUGCCCAUGGAGGUCAAACGUGAGUGCGAGGACGACCUGGAAGCCGCCCUGCGCGACGGCCAAACGAGCCCCCUAAACCUGAUCGUGGAGGAGCGCGGUGCCACGUCGCCGAGCUCUGCGAGCGAGGAGUUGCGCAAGCUGCAAACAAUGAUCUCGCAGCUGAACGAACUCGCAGCCGAGAGGCUCGCCGAGGAGCCCACGGACGCCACGCGACCGCCAUCCACUUCCCCGCCACCGCAGGACGAACGGCGGGCCGCCGCCUCGGCCGCCGCCGGAUCGAGCUUUUGCGAGAUCUGCAACAAGGAGCUCUGCAAUAAGUACUUCAUGAGGACGCACAUGCAACGCAUGCACGGCAUAUCGCUCGAGAGCGGUACCCAACUGGGCGGUGUAACUUGCGACAUUUGCCACAAGGAGCUGUGCAGCAAGUACUUCCUGCGCGUGCACAAGCACAACACGCACGGCAUCCCCGCCCCGCCCGCGCCCGCGAACGCCGCGCCCGCCGAGCCGUGUCCCCUGUGCGCGAGGCGGUUCCGCGGCCCUCGUGCGCUGCGCGCCCACCUGCUGGCCGAGCACGCGCCGCCCGCGAGGCCCCCGCCGCCCCCUCCGCCGCGGCCCCUCGACCUCCUCGUGCGGGACAAGCCGUACGCGUGCUCCUAUUGCCCCUUCACGACCGACGUGCUGGCGUUCCUGUUCGCGCACGAGCGCGCCCACAUCCAGCGCCCGAUGGAGAGCGGCACGGAGGCCGGGGAGGAGGCGGAGGGAGAAGCGGAGGCGGAGGGGGAGGGCGGCGAGGGGGAGGCCGAGGCGUACUCGUGCUCCCGCUGCGAGUUCCGCGCGGAGAGUUUCGCGGCGCUGGAGGCGCACGUGCGCGCGUCGCACGGCGGCGCCGGGGCGCUGUUGGCGGUGCCGCGGGCGCCGCGCGCGCCGCUCACGAUGCAGCCCUUCGUGCUGGAGGAGGCGGGCGGCGCGCUCAGCCUGCUGCCCGCGCUCGUGUUCCUGCCGGUGCGGCGCCGCGCCACGCGCCGCGCCACCGUCACCCUGACGCUGACGCCGGCG